AGCCUCGGCCGUUGGGUCGCUCGACAGGCACGCGGCUGAGUUUGGCUUUGUCGUUACCCUGGUAACCAUGGCGCUGGUGGAGGCGGCGAGCGUUCAGCUCACGGAGCUCAGCGACCAGCAGCUGGCUGAACUUGUGCGGAGCGUCAGCCUGUCCAAUGCGGCCCUCCAGACCGAGACGGAGAUGUUCGAGAAGUUCGUCUCUCGCCUGGACCCCAAGGAGUUCAGCCAGGUGAACGUGACAAAGACGACCACCAGCGGGAUAGCGCAGCACGAGCUGGGACAGGUCAGCAGGCAGGAGCGCUUGGUACUGCUGACCAUGGAGCAGAAGUGUCUCGUGGCCCAGCGGGAGGAAGAGGAGCUGCGGAAAGCCCUGGAACAACUACGGAAGGAGUCCGAACGAGUCGUCAACGCCUACAAGGCUGCCAUCGAGGAGGCCGACUACCGCCAGGGAGAGGUGAAGAAGGCCUUAUGCGAGUUCCAUCGAGACUUUGGGAAGCGAGGGCAUGAGAAGAAAAGGAGAAUACUGGGAAUCGAGAAAGUAACUCGCUACAUCGAGGAGAAGAGCAAAACCAAGGAUAAGAUUGUGGAGAAGCUGCGGCUGGAGAACACGGCGCUCAAAGUGAAAAUGCGGAAGCUGCAGAUGCAACUCAAACAGAAGGAGGAGAUGGACGAAGCCCUCCAUGAGGUGGACUUCCAGCUCCUGAAGAUCGAGAACAGCCAAUACCUGCAGAAGAUCGACGAGUCCAAGCAGGAGCUCCUGAGGCUCAAGCUGAUGGACAGAAACAAGCUGCAGAUCCUGGACACCUACAAGAAAAAACUUCAGAAUCUGACGUCCGAAUCCAAACGGCUGACGGGUGAGCUGGCAGCCAAGAAGGACCUGCUGGUGAGAGUCGAGGCCGAGAUCGUGCAGGCGGAGAAGGAAUGUGCUAAGGCAGAUGCUCAGAACAGGAGGCUGAAGACGCAGCUGUCGGACUACCAGGGUCCGCGGGCACUGGACUACGUGGCCAUCAAGGCCCGGCACAGUGAGCUGCAGCGCGACGUCCACGUCUGGGAGCGCAAGGUGGACAUUGCCCAGAUGGACCUGAAACGAAACACGAAGGCCUACACUCAGCUGACGAGGGCGAGCCAGCAUGCCCCGGGCCCGUAGAGGACCUGGGCACAACUUCCUAAAACCUAAUAAAGUGUUGUGAAUCAAACAA